AUGGAUUUCGAUGAGACUCUCCCCGGUACCCGUCGACUAUACGACACCAAUGGAAAUCCUCUCCAGAGUGAUGCUGGCCUGAAGAAACAUGGCGAUUUAGUGCUGGUACCUCAGCCGACCGAUUCUCCAAACGACCCUCUUCAAUGGUCGCUUCCGCGAAAGGUCUGGCACAGCUUUCUGGUCUGUUUUAUUACCGGUUUGACAGCAGCGACUUCCAACGAUGCUGGUUCGUCCUCGUACGGAGCCAAUCUAGAAUUAGGCAUCAGCUACGACUCCUAUAACGUCGGCGCUGGAAUCUUGUUCAUCGGAAUUGGAUACUGGUGCUUACUCUCGUCUCCAGCUGUCUAUCUCUAUGGCAGACGUAUCCUCUACCUUGUUGGGUUGCUGUUUGGUGUGGUAGGCAGUAUUUGGUUUGCAAGGACUCAGAAAGUCGGUGAUGCCGAGUGGAACCAACUUUUCGUUGGAGCUUCCGAGUCUGUGGCCGAAGCGACCGCCCAGCUUUCUUUGAUGGAUUUGUGGUUCCAGCAUCAAAGAGGAUCUGUUCUCGGCAUAUACAUUCUUGCCACGAGUAUAGGCACAUUCUUGGGACCUCUGAUCGCCAGUUACAUCGCAAACUCGGAUCUGGGUUGGAGGUGGAUUGCAUGGUUCGGAGCCAUUAUUAACGGCGCGACAUUCAUUCUCUUCCUAUUUGGGCUUGAAGAAACCACCUUCCGUCGAGAUUUGCAUCGUACCAACCCAGAUGAGAGGUAUCUUGUGGAUGGUGUUCCUACGACGGAUGGAGCUGAUAGCGAGACCAGAUCGAGCUUGGUAGGAGACAAGACCGAUAAUGAGAAGGUCGAGCCAAAGCGAAAUAUGUCUGCAAGCCUCGAACAACAGUCGGCCGCGAAACAGGAGAAACGCAAAACAUACUGGCAGCAGAUCGCAAUCAUCACACCGGCAGCAAAUUUGCGUGGUACUGGCUUUAAGCAGUACGGCCGAAGACUCUUGCACACUCUGAGGGUUUUCACCUUUCCUGCUGUCAUUUAUUCUGGUAUACAAUGGGGUGCUCAGGAUGCUUUCCUCACCUUUUAUCUGACCGUGGAGCAAGAUAACUGGUAUGGCCCACCAUGGAACUAUACCGAUGCAGCUGUCGGUAACAUGAGCAUCCCGAGUCUUAUUGGUGCCGUCAUCGGCUGUAUCUAUGGGGGUUGGGGUAGUGAUAAGUUUGUCUUAUGGAUGGCCAAAAGAAACGGCGGUGUAACGGAAGCAGAGCAUCGCCUAUGGCUCAUGUUCCUUGCAGCAGCAAUUUUCCCCACCGGUAUGUUUUUGUUUGGUAUUGGCAGCAACAAUGGGUGGUCUUGGCCCGUCCCUUAUGUCGGGCUUGCCUUCAUCGGUUUCGGUUGGGGUUGUGCAGGAGAUUUAUCCAUGGCAUAUCUCGUGGAUGCCUAUGAUGACAUGGUAUUGGAGGGCAUGGUAGGAGUUGCAGUCAUCAACAAUACUCUCGGUUGCAUCUUCAGCUUCGUGGCGAGCAAAUGGCUUGAAGCAAGUGGUAUCAAGAAUACCUUUAUCGCUUUGGGGGUACUAUCAUUUGGGUUCAUGAUGCUCACGGUCCCAAUGAUCAUCUGGGGAAAGAAAGCUCGCCGCUGGACCAGACCCAGAUAUCAGAAAUUCUUGGAGAUUCGAGAUGGCUUCGAAAGCUGA